GCCCAAAUCUUCACAGGCGGCUCAUCAACGCACUUGCAGCUCCCGGCAGAGCCCGGGAUCUGCGCGCCUGAGUGUCGGUGUGUCCGUCUGCCCUGCCUUCUGCCGGUGGCACCCCGCCCUCCUGCAGCCCCCCACCCCCCACCCCACCCCCGCGGUGAGCCCCUCCUUGCAGAAGCACAGCUCGCCUCCGCCGCCCCGGAGCUCAGCAUGCGUCCCGCGGGCUUCAGGAACUUCUUGCUGCUGGCGUGCUCCCUCCUCUUCGCGGGGCUGUCAGCUGUUCCUCAAAACUUCUCGCCAUCUCUGAGAAGCGGGCCAGGCGCCACGUGCAGGCUGUCCCGGGCCGAGUCCGAGCGCCGCUGCAGGGCGCCCGGGCAGCCCCCAGGGGGCGCUCUGUGCCACGGCCGGGGCCGGUGCGACUGCGGGGUCUGCAUCUGUCACGUGAGCGAGCCGGGCGUGUACUUCGGGCCCCUGUGUGAAUGCCAGGAAUGGGUGUGCGAGACCUACGACGGGAAGACCUGCGCAGGCCAUGGUAAGUGUGACUGUGGAAAGUGCAAAUGUGACAAAGGAUGGUCUGGGGAUGCUUGCCAGUACCCAACUAAUUGUGAUCUGACAAAGAAAAAAAGUAACCAAAUGUGCAAGAAUUCUCAAGAUAUCAUCUGCUCUAAUGCAGGUACAUGUCACUGUGGCAGAUGUAAGUGUGAUAAUUCAGAUGGAAAUGGACUUGUUUAUGGCAAAUUUUGUGAGUGUGAUGAUAGAGAAUGCAUAGAUGAUGAAACAGAAGAAAUAUGUGGAGGCCAUGGAAAGUGUUACUGUGGAAACUGUUACUGUGAUGCUGGUUGGCAUGGAGAUAAAUGCGAAUUCCAGUGUGAUAUCACCCCCUGGGAGAGCAAGCGAAGAUGCACAUCACCAGAUGGCAAAAUCUGCAGUAACAGAGGGACUUGUGUGUGCGGUGAAUGUUCUUGCCACGAUGUUGACCCAACUGGAGACUGGGGAGAUAUUCACGGAGACACCUGUGAGUGUGAUGAAAGGGAUUGUAGAGCUGUCUACGACAGAUAUUCUGAUGACUUCUGUUCAGGUCAUGGACAAUGUAACUGUGGAAGAUGUGACUGCAAAGUAGGCUGGUAUGGCAAGAAGUGUGAGCACCCACGUUCCUGCCCACUGUCGGCUGAGGAGAGCAUCAAGAAGUGCCAAGGGAGCUCCGAUCUGCCCUGCUCCGGAAGGGGUAAAUGUGAAUGUGGCAAAUGUGCCUGCUACCCGCCGGGGGACCGCAGGGUGUAUGGGAAGACGUGCGAGUGUGAUGAUCGCCGCUGUGAAGACCUCGACGGUGUAGUCUGUGGAGGCCACGGCACGUGUUCCUGUGGCCGCUGCGUGUGUGAGAGAGGAUGGUUCGGGAAGCUCUGCCAACAUCCCAGGAAGUGCAACAUGACAGAGGAACUGAGCAAGAGUCUGUGUGAAUCAGCAGAUGGCAUACUGUGCUCCGGAAAGGGUUCUUGUCACUGUGGAAAGUGCAUUUGUUCUGCUGAAGAAUGGUACAUUUCAGGGGAAUUCUGCGACUGUGAUGACAGGGACUGCGACAAACAUGAUGGUCUCAUUUGCACAGGGAAUGGAAUAUGCAGCUGUGGAAACUGUGAGUGCUGGGAUGGAUGGAACGGAAACGCAUGUGAAAUCUGGCUUGGCACAGAAUACCCUUAACAAUGAGAGAGGACUGGGUUCUUAUUUGUCUAGGCCAUUAGAAAUAUAAAUGCAGAGGAAACCAUGUAUAAUCACCACGAGGACAGGUCCAACAGACUGUUGUAUGUUUUUCUAUUUCUGAAAGCCCGGAUGAAAUCUGGAUACCCAUUAAAAAUGAGUUAAGCAAACUCAGAUGUAAAUAACACCAGAAAAGAAAUUUUCUCCUACAAUUUACAUCAGUGGUUCUCAACAAGGGUGACUUUAGCACCCAGAAAACACCUGGCAAUGUCUACAGACAAUUCUGAUGGUCACACUGGGUGGGGUUGGAGGGUGCUCUUCAGGCGUCUAGUGGGUAGAGGUCAGGGAUACUGCCAAACCCAGCAGUGCCCAGGACAAUCCCAACGAUGAAGAAUUUUCUGACUUCAGAUGUCAUUAAUUGCAGAGUUGAGGAAAGCUGAAUUACAUGGUUGUUAAAAAUGCACAUCCCUACACAAGAAAGGCCAUUUUAGACUCGAAGAAAAAGAGCCUUACAUAAAUCCAUUGAUCAUAUGUUGCCAGGAUUCCCCAUCACUCAGUGUUUCCAUAUGGAAAUGAAGACAAACACACUUGAAGUACAAUGUUGGAUUGGGGUGGGGGGCAGAGGCCAGAUCAUCAAUGCUUUUAGUCAUUAAGUCAUUUGUCUAGUCUCACUUUAAACUCACAAAAGAAGUUCUCUUAAGAUGAAGGAAGAAAUUAUGGAAAAUGUACAAUUUAACAUUUUUAAUAAAUAGUGACAUAAGUUGUUUACACUCUGUGUCAAUAUGUAUUUUGCCAACUGAGGACUGACUAACAAAAGAAUGAAUUGCUAUUCAAAAGCAUCCAUUUCUACGUGACUAGAGCAUGUUUUAAACUGGACAUGGGUUACAUGUACAAGGAAUCUGUUUUUCCCCUAGAAGUUACUCCAUGGUAACUUUCCUUUUAAAAAGACAAUAUCUAGUUAGGUCUAUGAUAGGCUGAUAUAUGUAUUCAUUUCUCUUAAAAGAUUCUAUUAUUUCUAAGGAUACAUUUCUCACUGGAAAAGUAGGGCCAUACAUGGAAGUCAAGAAGAGACAUUGCGAUAAAAUGGUACCAGUCCCACAAGCUCAGAGGAUAAAAAGAAAAAUCUAUAAAUGGCUUAAAUAGAAGUUACAAAUAUUCACUCAGUGAUAGGAACAAAAUGUUUAUUUUCAUAAUGGUGAAAUUUCGCUUUGUAUGAAAUUCACAUCAAAUUAUGAAAAUGUACAAUAACUUGGACUUCCCUUACAUAUUUGCAAUCACGUCUACUUAUACCCAUUAGUUUAGGCAACCUUUAAUUAUUUAGAGCUAAAAAAGACCCACUUUUUAUUUAAUGUGGAUUAUAUUUUGUAAAAUCCUGCAAUAAUGUAAUAAAAUCAUUUUAUUAUUGUUUAAGAUGAAAAAUUUUACUUGGACAUUUUACGUAAUGAUGUAAAUAUUCUAGACUCAUGGUUUGGACUUUAUAAAUCAAGCCACCAAAAGUGAGCAAAAUGUGUACCUGCAGGGUUACUUAAAAUUUACAUUAAAAAUUAUUUAAGAGAAAUUUAACUGAUGCUGAUUUUUAGAAUACUGAGUGUUCUCUGACUUUAACAGAUUUAUAAAAUUGUUAACUCUAUCCUGAGAUUAAGGAGUGCAACCACACCAGUUAUAUCUCAAUUGUUCAGUGCAUCAAUUGAAAUAUCAGUCUUGUAAAUGAGGGAAAUGUAAGCAGUUAAGAAAUUAUAGAUAGAUAGAUAUCUAUACAUCUAUAUAUAUGCAUAUGCAUAUAUAUAUAAUAUCCUUUCCUCUUCUCUAAACAUUUUAAGCCUCAAACAAACCUAUUUUACUGUUCAGUAGCAAUUUCAGUGAUGACUGAUUUGAUGAUGGACCCAUGGCAUUCACUACAUUAUCACAGCGCAGUGACAUCCAUAGUCCUACUGCAGAGCUCUGCUUUCGGUGGAAAGGACCAGAUAGUAAACAUUGUAGACUUUGUGGGCCACAUACAUCUUUUUCGCAUAUACUCCUUUGUUUGUGUUUAAAACUGCAUAAAGAAAAAAACUCAUUCUGAGCUCCUGCUCCAUACAAAAGCCAAUUGCAAGCUGGGUUUGGCUCACAGCUGAGGAAUAAAUGAUCAACCUGUGCUUUGAUGGAACUGCCGUUAAUCUCCUGUUUCCUCACAUAACCCCAGGUGUGUCUUAUUUUUCUUGUAAUUAUCUAUAUUUGUUAUCCCUUUUCAUUAACAACUACAGCAAAAGUGUUUCUCUUUUAAAAAAUUAAUAUAAGAAAAGAGUGCUCAGCAUUUAUGUUUUUAAAGAAAAAGUUUAGAUAUGGAGAAAUGUUAAUUAUAAAGUUCAGAAUGGGAUUUGUCCAAAAUUUUUGACAAUGAAAAUAUAUUGCAGUCAGCUAUAUUCUGGGUUCCUUUAGUUACAAAUUAUUGAACCAAAUUUUUCAUAUUUCUCCUGUGCGUGUGUAUGUGUGAUGUUUGACUCCAGCUUGCAAACAUCAAUAGAUCUAUUAAGAAUUUAAUUUAUAUGUUUAAAUCGGAAAAAGUUAAACAUAGCUACAUAUAAAGACCUACAUUCUACCCUUCUUAAAUGUGAUUUUGUACUUUGACUUUUGAUUCCAUUACUAAGAUAGAAACUCCCUCUUAAAAAAAUGCCAAGGCCAGAGCAAAUUUGUAAUAGGAGGGAAAAUGUGCCAAUCUCAUUGGCCGGUUCAAGUUUGUCCCGAGUUACAGUGAGAUUAAUGUGAAUUGAGAAUGAUACAAUAAGUGAUGUUGGCCACAACCUUGCUUGCUUUGCAAACCAUCACUGAGAAAUCCUAAGGGGACUUCUCCAUAGAAUUCGACUAAGGUCUUAAGACCUAAGAAGAGAAUCAUUAUACCCCAUUUCUCCCAGGACUCCUUGAGCUAAUUUAGAUUCCUUCAACACGUUGAAAGAAAUGACCACACCAUCCCAGAUGCAAAUGCAGUCUCUGCCAGCAGACAUCAGGAUUAGACUGAAUAGUAUAGAGAAACCAGGAAAAAACCAUAAUUCAGCCUUUGUUUUCAGACUCUAUCAAAACUUUGAAACCCAGUUCAGUAUUCAAGCAUCAACAGGUUCUAUGUACCACUUCGUAAGCUAAGGAACUUAAGCUAUGAAAUGUAUUUUCUCCAAAGUAACCCAAUUCACAUCCGGAUUUUGAUAUGCCUACAUUUAGCUGAAUUGCUUUCUCCAGAUAUAGUCUUGUUCUGAAAUGAAAUUAAAAAUAAAUUUCAAAUAUUUUCACUUCUAAAUUAGAGUUUGAAUCAACCUGAUCUUCCCUUGAAAUGUUAAUUCUCUGAUUUAAUAUUUAGGAGAAAACUGUAAAUGAAGUGAUACAUAUCUAACGUUCAAUACAUAUUUAACAUGUUUUGUUUUGUUUUUUUAAAGAGAACCUAAUCUGAUAUUGGUCAUCCUGAAAAACAUUUGACUGUUUUAGUGCUUUAGGUACUAAUUAAGCAACUAGCCAGAUGUGAUAAAGAAACUGUGCUUACUCUUCAAGAGGCAAUUAGGCCAGGCCAGUGUGGCUCAGUGGUUGGGUGUUGACCUGUGAACCGGGAGGUUGUGGUUUGAUUCCUGGUCAAGGCAUGUGCCUCGGUUAUGGGUUCAAUCCCCAGUGUGGGGCAUGUAGGGGAGGCACCAGAUUGGUGAUUCUCUCUCAUCAUUAAUGUUUUUGUCUCUCCCUCUCCCUUCUUGUCUGAAAUCAAUAAAAAAAAUUUAGAAAAAAGAGGCAAUUAGAAGGACUGUGGCAGGAAUUUUAUGGGCCCAUUGUAGGUCUCCUGAAGUCACCCCCUUCCCCAAAACACUCAGUGCAACCUAACAAUUAAAGAAAGAAUUUCUAAAUUCUCUAGGAUUUAUAAUGAAAUCAUGCUUAGUUUCAACUUACUCUCUACAGAGGGUGGACCAUUUGCAUCUAUUCUAUAAUUUUCCCAAGUAACGUUUUAGCAAAACAUUUUAGAAAGCAAACAUAAGAAAAUAAAAAUGGUGUCACUUGAAAUACCAAAACCAUUAAACAUUAAGCAUUACUGAGGGAUGGGUGAAGCAAUCAGCUAACAUAACAAAUCAGUAGAAAUAACCCUCCCACACCAAAUGUGCAUGCAAAUGGAUGAGAUAUUAGACUUGAUACAAUAAACAUACAUACAUGUAGGUACAAAACACACGGUCUCUAAAUACAAAUGAAUUCCAUCAGAUUUACUAUACAGAACAUCAAUGGUGACAGAUUGCAUUUACUUAAUAACAUCAAACUUGAUUUUGAGGGGGAAGAAGAGGGUCUUAUCCCAGAAAAAAACAGCAAGAGAGGUAUCAUCAAAGAGCUAAAAUUUUCUUUGGCACGGUAAAGGGGGAAAUUGAGUUUACCAACUUAUUUACAUGACAUGUCUAUAUUUGUGGGUGAUGCAAUGCCAUUUCAUUACAUAAAGUUGUUUGAUGUUUUAUAAUAUGCCUUCUUAUAAAUAUUUUAUUCAGUGUGUUGUAUUGGUGAAUAUAACAAAUGAUAUUAAACACAGAAACUGUACAAAGCAGACACACUCUCUGUAUGUAAAUUGAGAAAUACAUACUAACAGUUCUUGAUAUCCAGGCCCUAUUACAUGCAGUCCAUCCGUGCUGCCCUUGUCCCGUGCAACAGAUGAGACCAGACACAAAGAAAGUGAUCAGACGAAUUUACAAAUAACAAAGACCCCUCUGCAAUAUGUCUAAACAUAUUUUGGAAGAAAGUAUUUUGACAUCCAUUCAUAGGGAUAAAGGCCCAUAUAGACAACACAUAUAAAAAACAAAACAGGUGUGUACAUAAAUCUCAGUUAUUUAGAAAAUAAAUAUUGUCUUAAUUUUAACCGUUACACAGGCUUGCAGGGGAAAUGAAACCAUCAAAUGAGGUCUGAUUACCAAAAGCAAAUUGGUGGGGUUGCUUGAUGUGUGUGUUGGGGUGGGGUGGGGUAGGGUAAGCCCAUCUAAUUGGAAUUUUAAGUUAAAUUACUCAUAGUUUGCCACAUGUUAUGAAUUAUAUGUAUUCCCUAAAUAAUUAGUUAAUGAAAUUCAUCUAAUAUCUUUUAACUUAUCAUGUUAAAAAAAAUAGGCAUUAAAAUGGUGUAACAAGAAAUCAAGAAUGGUCUAAGGAACCAUUUUUUUUUUGUAUUUGUAUUUUAGCAUAAUCAACAAUAAAUCUACUCAAACAUUA